GAAUUGUGAUUUGAGAAUUGUGAUUCAGUUUUUGACUAACGAGUCUGAAUUCUAAUUGUCAUUUUGUGGAUGUGGAGUGUUUUGUGUUGUGAACUUGUGGGUAAAUGUUAAUAAAAUUAUUUAAAUCCUGUCAUGUGGUUGAGUGCGUGAGUUUUGAUAAGCGACACAGUGAUAGGAUCGUGGAAGUGAGCCAACUGUGUGGAAUGGUUCCGGUGUGUUGGAGAUUUGUCGAUUAGUCCGGUUGAGGUGAUCUCGUCACCAUGGGGAAGCUAUUGUCGAAGAUCUUCGGCAACAAGGAGAUGAGGAUAUUGAUGCUGGGACUCGACGCAGCAGGGAAGACUACUAUUUUAUAUAAAUUAAAAUUAGGUCAGUCAGUGACAACGAUACCAACGGUCGGUUUCAAUGUAGAAACUGUCACGUAUAAGAACGUUAAAUUCAACGUUUGGGAUGUUGGGGGGCAGGACAAGAUUCGACCGCUCUGGAGGCAUUAUUACACAGGUACACAAGGUCUGAUAUUCGUAGUGGACUGUGCGGACAGGGACCGCAUAGAUGAGGCGCGGCAGGAACUGCACCGUAUUAUCAAUGACAGGGAGAUGAGGGAUGCCAUUAUACUCAUAUUCGCCAACAAACAGGACUUGCCUGAUGCAAUGAAACCCCACGAGAUCCAAGAGAAGUUAGGCCUGACGCGUAUCCGCGAUCGCAACUGGUACGUGCAGCCUUCGUGCGCCACUUCCGGGGACGGGCUCUACGAGGGACUUACGUGGCUAACCAGCAACCACAAGUUAUGAGCUGCAGAGUAGGCGGCCCGCCCGCCACUUACUGCGGUGAGGAUCGAGAUGCCAUUUAAUUGUAAGUAAGCGGCGCACCGUUGGUAAUUGUGAACCAGUGUAUGAACUGUCGCGCAAGUGAAGUAAUUACUAUCAAGAGGACUUAUCAAAUGCUAUUUACUGAAACGUUACUUAUACUAAUUAGAUACAAAUAAACUAAACUUUGACGCCAUAUGAUCGUUGUUAAUAAAUAAUGUAGGUUUUUUCAUUACAUAACAUUUUGUUUUAUGUAAUUUUUCUUUUAAUUUAUUUAUAACUUAAAUUUAUUUAAAAAAAAAUUUCAUAAUUUAUAUAAGUGGCUAAUUCUUAUUAAUUCCUUGGCAAUAUCAGAGUUAUCGUGCUUGAUAGUGUGUAAGAUUACCAUCGUAGGCGAGUUUUACUGUAUUUUAAGAAGCAACGUUUCAGUAUUAAGCUUAGUUAGUAAACGUGAACUGUUUGUCACACAAAAAUCAAUUAUUCCAUUAUUUAAAGAGAGUUAGAGCUUUGUUGUAACGACAUUUGAUUAUUUUUUUAUUUAAACGGUGAUUACAUAAAGUAAAAGUGGUUUUUUUUUACCUCCUUUGUAUAGUAACGGUAUGUAUUAACACUAGUGUAAUGAAGCGAUUUGAGGGUAUUUUAAUAUGAGAGCACGCUCUGGUAUGUACAGUAGGUUUGUCUAAAUUAUGGGCUAUACAGUAGUUAACUCAUGCCAAUUAUUUUUGUGGGUAACAUUUUCCAACAGUUAAAUGUAGGGUAACCCGCAAAUAGAUGUUAAAUGUUUGUCAGAGGCAUUCUCAGCAUUAUAAAACAUGGAUGCUGUCGUUUGUUACCAUGGUUACCAUUUUCACAAAUAAAUCGUUGACCAUCGUAACAAAUACUUUUUGUCUAUGCUUUAUAAGAAGGCCGUCUAUCACUGUUGCUUUUGGUAUGUUGACCGUAAUUUUCUCAGAACUUUCACUCGGAUUCUAUAUCACCCUUAGCACUAAAAGCACAAUUCUAGUUCCAAAACAGUAAUAGAACUUUUGUAUGAAAAACUAGGCUGCGCUCCAUGGGGGAAAUUUGUUCUACUAGUACCAUCAAGUAUUAAUUAACGAAUCAAAAACUAGUGCGGAAAGAGUACCGCCGUACCAGCUAUUAUAUCUAAUAUAAACAAUAUAAUUCUUACUUAUUUCAAAUUAUUCACAAAAUUUUAUGCAUCUUGAUGAUCGUUACUGUAGCACUAUAUGCUGUAGACACUUUAACGUAAGUUUUUUUUUAAAAAAAAGCACUGCUGCGUCCAAUGUCUCGACGGUACACUUUCUGCACAGACUACUAAUAUAUAUAUAAUGUUGCCAACAUCUAUAUUCAGUACUUGAUAAAAAUCUCGUAAAUUUGUGCUAAGGGUACAUGAAGACGGGAAAAAAUAUUCCACAUUUCCCAAACUUAAAAUAUUCCACUUCCCAAACUUGCUUCAUAAGUUUCGCAGUAUCAUAAGUAAAAUAAAAAGUACGCUUAAAAAGUUUAAUAUUUUAUUAUAGCAUCAAUAAAAAUAGUAUGUUAAUAUGUAAAUUGAUAUUUAUUGACAACUUCAACGGCCUCAGGUUUUAAAGUAGCGUCGAGUUAAGUUUUAAGAGUUAAUUUCGUCCCUGUUACGUUAGCACUGCUUUAAAGCCGAACGCCGCCAUCUUGGUCACAAACCAGUCCAUCGAAAUGUAAAUGGAUAUUGACUUAACCAUGACAUUUCUCAACUUGUAGAUUCUAAUUAUUUUAACGCUUCGUGUGUUUAGAGUAUGGGACCAGAGUAUUCCGCGAAUUUAAAUAUGAGUUUUCUACAAAGUGUUUUCAAAAUGGCUUACUUUUUACACUACCCAUUUUUAAAUUCGCAAAUUUGUUACAAAUUCUUUACAGCCAUUAUUUGUUACAUUUAUUUUUAAGGAUUUCUAUUUUUUUAAUAUUUUUUCUGUUACAAUUUUAUAACCCUUUAAAUUUAGUACGUAGGGACAGCGUAUGGCGCAUAACCAUGUUUCAGUUUUCUGUAAAUAUGAAGUUCAUGAAAACGUAUAAUUAACUGUUCCUGAAAAUAAAAAAUCAAUCUAAAAUGGUAGAGGUUUUAAAAUGUACUUUAAUGUUCUUUGGCUUACGUUUUUAUGAGCUUGCGAUGAUAGUAAAUUUAGUUCGAUUCUAGACAAUUCAAAAGUGUUGUAAGUCUAGCACUUGAUGUAAAAUUAUGUUUUCCAUUUCAACGAUGUAACGGUUGUAAUUGAGUUACACUACUGUAUAAAUAUUGUAGAAAAGUUAUUCAAAUAUAAACUUACACUCAAA